AUGACUCUUUCUUGUACUAAUAAUGUUCACAAAGUCCUAGCAAUUUGCUGGCACCUGCUCAUCAUUUUCGUCAUGAUCAUCAAUCUCUGUGAUGGAGCUGGAGCUGAAGCUGAUGAAGAAAAUGAGAAACAUGUCACCAAUAUUGGUGCAAUCGUAAAUCUGAACUCUCGUAUAGGUAAAGAACAGAGAAUUGCGAUGAUUAUUGCAGCAGAAAACUUCAACAGACUUUCAAAGACUCAUAGCGUAAACUUUCAAUACGCAGAUUCUCAGGGAGAUCCCUUAACGGCUGCUUCUGCGGCUCAAGAGUUGAUCAAAGAAAGGAAGGCAAAAUUGCUAAUUGGCAUGGAGGAUUGGAAUGAAGUAGCUCUAGUGGCUGAUGUGGGGAACCGAGCUCAAGUUCCGGUGAUCUCAUUUGCAUCACCUGCUAUAACCCCACCCCUAAUGGAACGUCGUUGGCCAUUUUUGAUACGAGUGGGAAGCAAUCAUUCUGCACAGAUGAUUUGCAUUGCAGACAUAGUUUCUGCAUACAGUUGGAAAAGGGUCAUUGUAAUAUAUGAGGAUGAUGGUUAUGGUGGUGAUACUGGGAUGCUCACUCUUUUAUUUCAGGCUCUUCAAGAUGUUGGGACAAAAAUUGAGCAUCAUUUGGUUCUCCCACGAGUUUCUUCCAUGUCUAAUCCUAAUUUGGUUGAACUAGAAGAGAUGUUGAAGCUUUCGAGCUUUCAAUCUCGAGUGUUCAUUGUGCUUCAGUCAUCUUUACCAACAGUGACUAAUCUAUUCAGGGUGGCAAAGAAGAUGGGACUUGUAGGAAGAGACUCGGCUUGGAUAAUCACAGAGGGUGUUACUAGUUUACUUGACGCUCAAGUCAAUCAUGAUACUCAAGGUGCUCUUGGAAUCAAAACCUACUCUGGCGGUAAUACUAGUUCAUAUGACUAUGCCAACUUUGACAAGGCAUUCCAAGCAAAGAAUCCAGAAGCAGAUAACUCCAGUAAGCCAGGAAUUCAUGCUCUUAAAGCAUAUGAUGUGACUCGAAUAUUAAUACAGGCGGUUCAAAUGACUACCAACAGUAGCACUAGCCUUCUGGCAGUGUUAAAUACAGUGCUAAGCAAUUACAUGGGUUUAAGUGGGAAAAUGUUUAUUGAAGGUGGUGAAAUCUUUUCCUCUCCCAUAUUUAGGAUCAUCAAUGUUGAGCAAGGGAACAAGUACAAGGAAUUGAACUUUUGGAUACCAGAGUGUGGGUUCUCAGAGAGCCUUUCAAAAGAAACCAGAAGUGGUGAUGUUGGUAUAGUAGUUUGGCCGGGGAACCUAAGCCAACGAGUCCCCAAAGGCUGGGCAAUGCCUACUGCUGAUAAGCCAUUUAGAAUUGGAGUUCCUAACGCUUCCUUCCCCGCAUUUGUAAGUGUUGGUUCAGAUGGGAAGAGUUUUACAGGGUUCUGCAUUGAAAUUUUCCGGAUGGUGCAUAUUCGUUUGAAUUAUACUCUGCCCUUUGAGUUACAAUACGUGAAUGGCUCUUAUAUUGAUCUGGUAGAAAGAGUCCAUAAUAAGACUCUUGAUGCUGGUAUUGGUGAUAUCACUAUAAUAGCAGAAAGAUUGGACAAAGUGGAAUACACUCAGCCAUAUAUCCAGUCUGUUUUGGUACUAAUAGUUCCAGUUUCUGGCUAUAUGGAAUGGACGUUAUUAAAACCUUUCUCCGCAAAAAUGUGGGCGGCAAGUGGUGGCAUAUUACUCUACACAAUCUUGAUUAUAUGGUUUUUGGAGCGCCCAGUGAAUCCAGAUUUCAGUGGCCCAUUGAGAAAUCAGAUUGGCGCAGCAGUUUGGUUCGCCUUCACCUCUUUAUUCUUUGCUCACAGGGAGAGACUCUAUAACAGCUUAACUAAAGUAGUUGUUAUAGUGUGGCUAUUUGUUGUAUUAAUCCUAGUCACAAGCUACACAGCUAAUCUGUCUUCAAUCCUCACCAUUCAACGAUUGAAACCGAAUGUUACAGACAUCGAAACACUGAAGACAAUGAACUCAAAAGUUGGCUUGGAUACUGGUUCAUUUAUUUUCAACUAUGCAGUAAAUGUACUUAAAUUCAAAAAAGAGAACCUCAUCACAAUAGCCACUGAACUCGAAUACACAGAAGCACUCAAAAACAAAACUAUAUCUGCUGCAUUGCUUGAUUUCCCAGAGGCGGAAGUGUUUAUGAACAAGUACUGCAAGAAUUAUACUGCGACCACACUCUCCUAUAGAUUUGGAGGACUAGGCUUUAUAUUUCAGCAACACUCUCCAUAUGCGCUGGAUUUCACUAAUGUCAUUCUGCAGUUAUUGGAAGAGGGAACAAUGAUGUCACUUGAACGUACUUGGUUGACACCAAAUCGUGAGUGUCCAAACAAUUUAACUUCCGCUGGACCAGAAAGUUUGGAGGUCAAUAAUUUUUGGGGACUAUAUGUAAUAUCUGUUGCUACUUCCACCAUUUGCCUUCUGAUAUCCUUCACUAUCUUGCUGAAGCAGUAUCAACAGCACCAGAGUGCAUACCAAGGCAAUGCAAGUGAGGGAAGUGUUUGGAAUAGGACACUUAAAAUGGCAAGAUUUGUAUAUACUAGAGAAUUCAAUGUUCCAAGCAGAACUGCAAGUUUUGUUGAUGUGCUUGAACUCACUUCUUCCCAUUGGGAGCACACGAACGCGAUCAUUUCCAUUCCUGAUCAGGAACAUCAUCUUCAGGCCUCUAACCCCGCACAAACUGAAGGCAGUCCACCUCCACCUCUACAUCUACCUCUACCUCAUGAAUAA